AAAAACAUUAUCCACAAAAAUUUGCCUCUGAGAAAAAAGCACACAACUUUCUUUCUCUUCUGCUCCUCACAUGGAGACCCUUCUCUCUCCUCGUUCUAUCUCCCCUCCUCUCACUAAACCCACUUCAAAGUCUUCGUCUUUCUUCAGACCCAUCUCUUCCCAAUCUCCCAAGUCCUCUAAACCGGAAUCUCCACCUCCCAAAAACUCGUUAACCGAUGCCAAACAGGUUUGUGCAGUUGGGAGGAGGAGGAGCAUGAUGAUGGGUGGACUGCUCAUGUCUGGUUUAAUACUUUCAGAAGCCAAUCUUGCACCCUCUUUUGCUUUGACUCCAGUCUUCAGAGAGUACAUUGAUACAUUUGAUGGAUACUCUUUCAAGUACCCUCAGAAUUGGAUCCAAGUCCGAGGAGCUGGCGCUGACAUCUUCUUUAGAGACCCUAUUGUCCUCGACGAGAACCUCUCUGUCGAGUUUUCUUCGCCUUCUUCCUCGAAAUACAAGUCACUUGAGGACUUGGGGUCACCUGAAGAAGCAGGGAAGAGAGUACUUAGACAGUACUUGACUGAGUUUAUGUCCACUAGACUCGGUGUCAAGCGUGAGGCCAACAUCCUUACAACUUCCUCAAGAGUUGCAGAUGAUGGUAAACUCUAUUACCAAGUUGAGGUGAACAUAAAGUCAUACGCGAACAACAACGAGCUGGCAGUGAUGCCGCAAGAUAGAGUGGCUCGUUUGGAAUGGGACAGGCGUUACCUCGCUGUCCUAGGAGUUGAGAACAAUAGACUCUAUUCACUGAGACUCCAAACACCUGAGAAAGUUUUCCAGGAAGAGGAAAAAGAUCUUAGAAGAGUUAUGGAUUCCUUCAGGGUUGAAAAGAUUUAGAGAGAGAAUCUCGCAUUUCUUUUUCUUCAUGGCUUUCUUUGUCCAAAAGAAAAAAAAAUUGUUCUUCAUCCCAUUGUAUUUUUUGUAAUCUUGAAAAGCUUAUUAAGCUAAUCCAAAGGCUUUUGUUGUAAUGCUUUUCUACAAUAUUCAGAAUAAUUUCUUGACGAGAGGUGAUGGUUUCAAGUCUUAUUGCUGAAUUGUAGUUUCAUAUCUAUCAUUACAAAACCGGUUUAUUCAGAAUAAUUUACAA